ACAUGUGAAGGGUGUGAGCUAUGGACGCUUCUGUAGCCCUUAAACCACAAGGAUUAAAUUUAGGAUAUUUACUUCGUUUCCUAACGAAUAUAAUUUCAGUUACAGUUAGUUGGCGCUAGAUGAAGCUACAGAGAUGGGGAGGAGAGCAAGAGUGGGUGUGAGGAGGCGUUGAAACACUUUAAGAAAACUUAUAGCACGUGUUUUGAUGUCUUUUUUCAUCAUUCGCUCUGGUGGAUUUAUAAUAAUUAAUAAUAAUAUGAACUCAAAGAAAACUGAUCGGGUUUGAUCAUAAUGAGUCAUAAUGAAGGAAGAGAAUCGUAUUAUCGAUUGCCUGAUUCCCCAAAUUCUUCAGCACGGAUCGAACCGGAGAACUCAACGGCUCUUCACGCACGUCCGAAUCUUACUGAGGGCACAACAUCCAGCCCAAAUCUUGAUGGGAUGUUAUCUAGUCCAGAUCUUCAGUGGCUUCAGCUGUCCUCUGUACUUUUCCAAUCAGAGACCAACUUGGAAACAUUUUCCUCAUUCGCACCCACCACCGUGUCCAACGGCCCCUGUUUGUCACAGUGCUCCAGUCCUGACCCGUCCUGUAAUGGGGCAGUGGGAGACAGUUCAGUAGGACAUGCUGACAAACAUAUGUCCUCUGAGGAACUUGACAGGAUAAGGAUCCGCAGGGAAAGGAACAGAGUAGCAGCUGCCAGGUGCCGGGACCGCCGUCGGAUGCUUAUAGACACGUUACAGAAUGAGGCGGAUCAUUUGGAACAUGUAAAGACUCAACUGGAGGAAGAGAUCGCUGCUCUGGAAAGGGAGAGAGAGAGGCUGGAGUUGGUUUUUGAGGCACAUAUGCCCAUCUGCAAGUUAAAUGACCUAAACCCAGAAUAAUUACUGAUGCUGGUCGUGUUUAGUGCUGAGUCUGCUGGUUCAGAUCAGCUGUGGAUUAUAUAACUUAAUAAACGUAUAUUUGUUAAAGAAAGCGAAAUGUUAAAAUCUAUUUCAAUGAUACCUUGAGAAUUAUUAUCUUGCAUGCACAAUUGGUUUCACUUGUUUUCAUAAUAAACUACAGAUUCAAAUGUU